AUGCAGUCAUUAGCAUUGCCAAAGUUUGUGGUUAUCAAAUCUAGAUAUAAUGGAAAAUACUUGAGAAGGAUAAGUGUGGAAGAGAGUAUCCAAAAGGGGCUGCCCCCAACGUUUCUGAAUUUUCAAGGAGAGGACAUUACUAGUCCUUUCGUAAAAUUUGAAGUGGAAAGAGCCAAGAAAGAUCCAGAACUGGUGCACAUACGGUGCUGCCACAACAACAAAUACUUGGCCGCCCCGGAGUCGAACUCGUGGUGGGUCAUGGCAACGGCAGACCAGCCUGUAGAAGACGAUGGACGCUCAAGUACCAUGUUCAAGCCCAUCAAAACUGAUGAAUUUGAUAAUGAAGAGUAUUUUCGAUUUUUCCACCCCGGGUCUGGACAUUAUGCUUGUCUCUGGAGGGCAGCUAAGCCACACGAUGAUGGUUUGAUCGCAGCAUAUUCCUCCAAGGAUGGUGACCAUUGCGAUGUGUACAAAGUCUUGGAUUGGGAAUCGCUUGUCAUAUUUCCCAAAACCAUUGUGGGCUUCAAGAUGCAGGGCACCGAAAACAAAUAUCUCAGCUACCGUUGGAUCGAAGGCCAUCCAUAUCUGCAGUUCGUUCCUAACGACAUAGCCGAUCAGACGACAGGGAAUGAGAUUUCUUCCUUCGGUGAUGGUUAUAUCCGCAUAAGGAACCUUUCUACCGGAAAGUUCUGGAGGCGUAGCCCUAACUGGAUUUGGGCUGAUUCUUCUGACACCACAGGCAACGACAAGGACACACUAUUCUGGCCCAUUAAACUAUCCGAUAAUGUUGUGGCACUCCGCAAUUUGGGAAACAACUACUUUUGCAAGAGUCUUACAACGGAAGGCAAGACCGAAUGUCUUAAUGCAGGUGUGCCCAGCAUUACCGAUGAAGCGAAGCUGGAGGUUGUGGAGGGUGUCAUCUCGAGGAGUAUCUACGACCUUAAUUUUCGACCAGAAGAUGGCAGGAUCUAUAAUGUUAAAGUCAUCGAGAAAGCCCAUGAAGCAGCCGAAAAUAAUGAUGACGUAGAGAACACUAUGGCCCUUAAGUUUUCCUACAAGGAUACAAGCUCUAGUACUCUCGGUGGUAGUGUUUCGCUCAAGCUGGGCGUCAAAACAACCCUCCAAGUUGAUACAAUUCCUCUCAUCUUCGAGGGGAAGAUCGAACUUUCAGCUGAGUGUACGGGGACGCACCAAUGGGGAAGCACCAACACAGUCGAAACUUUAACAGAGUCUACUUAUACCGUCAAAGUGCCUCCUAAGACUAGGGUAAUAGUCACUCUUGUAGCAUCGAAGGGAACAUGUGAUGUUCCCUUCUCCUAUACUCGGCGUGACCUUCUCUACAAUGGGAAUACCAUCAUGAAUAACCUGGAUGAUGGCAUUUACACUGGGGUUAAUACGUUCAACGUAGAUUUCCAGAGUCGACACGAAAAGCUACCUUGA